GCAGGGCGGUCACGUGGCUCAAGCAUGGCGGUGUUUGCAGAUUUGGACCUGCGAGCGGGCUCGGACCUGAAGGCGCUGCGCGGGCUCGUGGAGAACGCCGCUCACCCCGCUAAUUAGCAUUUUCUCUCUGAGAAUACUUUCCUCACCAGUAAAAAAAGAAGGCGAUGGACAUGAUGAUCUGGGCCGUUUAAUGUUACUAUUUGUUGGCUAUUCAGUUGUUGCCAUCAAUCACGUUGUUGAAUUUAAAGAAAAGAAACAGGAAAUUGAAAAACCAGUAGCUGUUUCAGAACUCUUUACAACUUUGCCAAUUGUACAGGGAAAAUCAAGACCAAUAAAAAUUUUAACUAGACUGACAAUUAUUGUUUCGGAUCCGUCUCACUGCAAUGUUUUGAGAGCAACUUCUUCGAGGGUCCGGCUGUAUGAUAUUGUUGCAGUUUUUCCAAAGACAGAAAAACUUUUUCAUGUUGCUUGUACACAUCUGGAUGUGGAUUUAGUCUGCAUAACUGUAACAGAGAAGCUACCAUUUUACUUCAGAAGACCCCCUAUUAAUGUGGCAAUUGACCGAGGUGUGGGCUUUGAACUUGUCUAUAGCCCAGCUAUCAAAGACUCCACAAUGAGAAGGUACACCAUUUCCAAUGCCCUCAACUUGAUGCAAGUCUGCAAAGGAAAGAAUGUAAUUAUAUCUAGUGCUGCAGAAAGGCCUUUAGAAAUAAGAGGUCCAUAUGACGUGGCAAACUUGGGGCUGCUCUUUGGGCUCUCUGAGAGUGAUGCCAAGGCUGCAGUUUCUACCAACUGCCGAGCGGCGCUUCUGCAUGGAGAAACCAGGAAAACUGCUUUUGGAAUUAUUUCCACAGUGAAGAAACCACGGCCAUCAGAAGGAAAUGAUGAUUCUCUUCCAGCUUCCAAAAAAGCCAAGUGUGAGGACUGAAAACUCCUAGGCUCUGGCGACACUCCCGUCUUCCCUUUCACAGUCCACCAGCCAUAACAGAAAUCAAACCUCUGCACGAUUUGCCGUUUUCACGUGGAGCUAGUAAUCGGUAGUCUCUAAAAACAAUUUUAUAUUCAGGCCUUUAAACUAAUAAAAGAAACCUGGUGAAGCACUUAAGAAAAGACUGAGCUAAAUGGAUUUUGAGAUAGUGUAAGAGAAAACAGAGUCUAGCUUAAAUUCUUUGUGUAACUGAUAAAAUGGCAGGUAUAAUUAAAUUAGAUGUUUCGAUAUUUCAAGAGACUCUUGUUCAUUUAAAAACUCAUGCUUUGCUGCUUUACUUGAUAUACAUUAAUUUUUAUCCUUACUACUCAAAACGUGAUUAGUUUUGAGGACUAUUAAAAUUUAUAUUAAGGGAUUGGCUUUUCGUUGACCUCUCUUUUAUUGCAUUCAUCAGAUCGAAGUUCUUCCUAAAGGACUAGUUACCACAGAAUUGGUGGAAGGAGAGGGAAGUGCACCUGAGAUCGCACUUGGCCUCCUCCUCUGCUGCCUCUCACCUCCGGGAUGUCCUUGGAGAGAGGGUUCACUCCUCUGACGUGGAAGCCCCUGGAAACCUGAUAUUGGUUUUUCCUAAUAGUUAUAAUAAGAAUAUCAAAGCAAUUAAGAGCAGGAUUAUUAUACAGUGGAACCUCAAUUCUAGAACUUAAUUCGUUCUAAAAGGUUAUUUGAAAACCAAAUCUUUUUUUUUCCCCAUUAAAAAUAAUGUAAAUUGAAUUAAUCCAUUCUAGAUCCCCAAAUGAUUCCCUGUUUUAACCUUUCUUAUAUACAGUUCAUGUCUAGUGUACUAUUUAACCUAUAAAUAAACACUUUAAAAACAAAUAUGAUAUAAAUGUAAAUUUAACAAAAAAAUGAAAUGGAGGGUAAGAAAACGAAAAUUUAAUAAUGAGCAGCAACAGAAGCAAAAAACUCAAUAAUAUUCACAGCACAAUUUUCUGAGAUAUUGACAAUGUGAAGGUUAGCAGUAAACUGAUUCAUACAAGCAUGUGCUUAUCACCAGAGAGACACCUGAAUGCUUAUACAAGUCAUCAAAUAGCAUCUGAUAGUAUGAAAGGAUUGUCUGGGAUUAAGAAGAGAAUUGUUCAAGAUGAGAGAUGUUUAAGAACCAAGAUUUGACUGCAUUUGGUGAAGGUAGCCUUUUUGCAAAUAUCUGCACUUUUGCCAUAUUGAUAUAAAUAUUUCUAUAAGUCUGA